AUGAGUCCAACACUUCGGCCAUUGUGGGCCCGGGAUAUUUCCAGCGACCUCUCCUCGGUGUCCAGCUGGGACAAAUGCAUGUCCAAGACCUACUGCAAGUGGCCCGUCAUCGUGGGCAUCAUCGUCGGCUCGGUGAUUGUUCUCUGCAUCCUGGCCUGCGUGAUCAAUUGUCUCUGCUGUGGGUACCGAUGCUGCACGGCCUGCUGCGGCUGUUGCUGUCCCUCCGGCCGGCGCAGAAACAAGCAGCCCAAAUACUACGACGAGCCUCCGUUGCAUCAGCCUCCGCCGCCGAGCGCAAACCCAACAUACCAGCCCUCUCCUGGCCCGCCUGCGUACCGCGGCCAGGUGCAGACUGCGCGGUUUGAUAGUUCUAAGCCGUCCGCGAGGGUCGACGAGGAUUCUCUGCCCGCCAUGCCGACCUGGGACAGCGCUGUCGAGAAGCAUGUGGAGGAUCCCAACGCCAAUGCAGAUGAGGUCGAGAUGGAGCCGUUGAACCCGCAGGGCCAUGGUCUGGACCGCAAGGGUUCGGUGUCGCCUGGUGUCGCGUACGCGGAUUUCCCGCCUCCGCUCCCCACCAACCAUGGCGAGUCGUCCGUCUACAGAGGAUACGGCCCCAAUGACCCCUAUGGCCGCCGCUCGCCCGGUCCUGGAGCUGCAUUUGGCGGCCAGGAAGAUCCCUACGGCCAUCGUUCGCCGGGAGUCAUGGCACCCCCGGCAGCCGUUAGUCCGUACGGGCGCCGCUCGCCCGGCUCGAAUGCCGCAUUCCCCGGACAGCAGGAUCCCUAUAGACGCCCCUCGCCCGGCCCGAAUGCCGCAUUCGGCGGACAGCAAGAUCCCUAUAGACGCCCCUCGCCAGGCCCGAGUGCCGCCUUCGGCGGACAGCAAGAUCCCUACGGACCCCGGUCCCCAGGCGGCAUGUCAUCACCAGUCAAUGGCGCCAUGACCCACAACCCUUACGACACCCAGCAGCAGCAGCAGUCGUACCACAGCCAGCCGUACGACGACUAUAAUAACGGCGGUAACGACGGACAAUUCCACGCCAUGACAGCCCCCCACGCCGUGACCUCCCCCUCGCCCCCCCGUGCCAAUGGCCUACUCGCCAUCCUCGGAGAUGGGCGGCCCGGGACACACGGCUCCCCCUCCAUCGGCGGCGCGAGCCAGUACCCGCCCACCUACACCUCCCAGCCAGCAGCUCCGUACAGAGGCAUGUCCCCCAAUCUCCCUUCGCCUUCGCCGCCCCCGGCCGGUCCUCUGCCCUCUCCGCCAUCUCAGCAGUACACGGCGUAUAAUGCCGCCUCGACGGAGACCCCGCCGAACAGAACCCCAACUGUGCUGCAGAGUGGCCGGAAUGCUGCCCCGGGCUCAUACCGCAAUGUCUAA